CUGUUGACAGGCAGAUACCGCGAUACCCAGACUUCUAUAACCGACAGCUCCGCGGUUUACAGAGUCAGCAGUGACAAGAGCGCCAACGUGACCUUAAUCGACCUUCCAGGCCAUGAGAGUUUGCGGCUGCAAUUCUUGGAAAGGUUCAAGGCAGCAGCCAGAGCCAUCGUGUUUGUGGUGGACAGUGUGGCCUUCCAGCGGGAGGUGAAGGAUGUGGCAGAGUUCCUGUACCAGGUCCUGGUCGAUAGCACCGUGCUCAAAAACGCACCCGCGCUGCUGAUUGCUUGCAAUAAGCAAGAUGUCACCAUGGCAAAAUCAGCGAAACUUAUUCAACAGCAGCUGGAGAAGGAGCUCAACACCUUACGAGUGACCCGCUCUGCAGCCCCCACCAGUCUGGAUGGCUCAGCCACUGGGGGCCCUGCCCAGCUGGGGAAGAAGGGCAAGGACUUCGACUUCUCCCAGCUCCCCAUGAAGGUGGAAUUUGUGGAGUGCAGUGCUCGGGGCAGCAAGGGAGAGGAGGGAGAUGCUGACUUCGAGGGCCUUGAGAAAUGGCUGGCCAAGAUCGCCUGA